UCGGAGCCGAUUGAGGGUUGCUUCCGCGGGGCGCCUGCGGGGCCGCCCUUAUCUUUGGCCGCCGAGGGCGGCGAACGGGUUCUCCUCCCUUGGCUAGUAAGCGCUCCACUUGACCCACACCAGAAUGGCAAAACUUCACAAAAUUAACCUCGCUCGCUUCUUUCACCGAGCAGAAUGCAAAUGACAAACGCCCACCAUGCCCUUGACGUCAAACACAGGCCAAUGUGCAAAACAUAUAUAAGACCCCUCCUCUCUGCCCUCAGUCUGCAGGAAAUCCGUGUUCUACACACAUACCACUUUCCACUUCAUACCCCAUACACCACUCACCGCUUUCUUCUCUCCCAACGAACUUGCACGACAACACAUCCAUCAUAAUGUCGUCUCAACAGCAGCAGCCCAUCGUCACUUUCUUCACCGAGGCCGUUCUCUUUGACAUGGACGGUACUCUCACUGACUCUAUCGCCGCCGUCGAGGCCGCGUGGGGCAAGGUAGCAAUGGACAUCGGCCAGGACCCGGCAUACGUGAUCGCCGCCACCCAUGGCAAGCGUGCCGUGGACAACCUCGCCCAGUUCAAGCCACACAUCAAGGCGCACGAGAUGGACGAUGAAGUUACCGCCUUCGAAGAGUCAAUUCUCUUCUUUGCCGAUGCAUACAACAAGUUCGGUCCCGGUUCGCAGCCAGGCAGCCCCAGCCCUACCAUCGACUCUGGCGCGACAACACCCUCGCUCACGCCCUCGAGCUCUGCACCCUCGUCCCGCGCACCAUCACGUGCCCCGUCCUUCCGGCCUCCUGACCAUGUCUGCCGUGAACGAGCAUGA